AUGGAUCUUGUGUCCACGAUUCGGAAGGAAGGCAGCAGGGGCGGCCAAACGGAGUUCAAAUGGUCAGAUGUUAAGGACUCAAGCCGCCGGGAAAACUACCUUGGCCAUUCCUUGAUGGCCCCCGUUGGUCGGUGGCAACAAGGCCGUGACCUCUCGUGGUAUACCAAAGGAGAAGACUCUGAUGCAGCGAAGAAGGCUCGAGAGGAGGAAAUCCGGAAGGUUAAAGAGGCAGAGCAAGAAGCUAUAGCCCGAGCACUUGGUCUACCAGUAUCAGUGCCGUCUAAAAGCUCGAACGCCAACCUGGAACCGCUGGGGGGGAAGGAGGUCGAGCGAGCAGUCUUGGAAGGAGCGGAUGAUCACGAAGAUGUUGACCGCGUCAAGGGAGUCGGGUUUGGUGGCUUCACUGCAACUACAGUCAAACUGCAAAGACCAAUGCUGACAACCGGCCCCGCAGUGACCGCCACUCGGAAAGAAGAAAGGAACACGGCAGAAGAGACGGUCGAGAUCAUGCAAGGCACUAUAGAAGCCGGAGAGAAGAUCACCGCUCAGAUCGACAUGAAAGAAAAAGAUAUCGUUCACGUUCUAGGUCCCGGUCCCGAGAGGCCGUUAGGAGGCAACGCUCAGUUUCACGUUCACGCAGCGGAGAUCGGGAAACACGAGAUCGUCGAGGCCAUCGCAGACGGAGCCGAUCACCCUAUGACUCCCGACGUUAUAGAGACGAUAAACGAUAUGAACGUUACGACAGAAGACGAUAAUACAGCUCAAAUAUAA